AUGAGCUUAACCGCCAUUUUGUUGAAAAAUGCGUUUUCUUUUGGGGACGCUGACGCUGCUGGUCGUGAUAGACUGCGCAGUGGCCUUGGCAAGGUCUGCGUGGGUUUUGUUUUACUGACACAGGUAGCCAAUAUCCUGCGUGACACAAUCUAUCUCGAUGGCGGGAGGCUAUGGUAUCAGAAAGGAUAUGACGAUGGUUGCGUCCAGCUCCAGUCGGAUAACAAUUUGGAAGCAACCAUUUAUUACCUGAAUCUUACCAAUCCCUUCAACACCAAAUCUGAUUUCAUGAAUGUCCUCAACAACAUGUCCGUCGCCGGCGGUUCAACUAGCAUAGCUCCGAAUUAUGUUGACGGCACAAUGUUUGCCAACGACAACGAGUUCUAUCUCUAUGGGGGCAUGCUUUCUAAUACCGGAAGCUCCGAUCCUCCUCCUGCUAAUCAAGUCCUCUCCUACGCUGCGCACCAGUAUGGCACCUAUAGAAGCUCGUGGGCGCCCAACUGGAAACAAGAAUACCUACCCACUAAUGUCACACGAUACAUCACGAAUGGUGCUGCCGCGUCGGCUCCGAGUGAAAACCUAGGCUUUUACUUCAGUGGGAUGCGUGCGCCGGACUGGGGCGACUUCAAUUUAAACCAGCUUCAGUCUAACCAAACUGCCGACACGCUAAUCACCCUGGACAUGUCAGUGAUGAGCGACGGGAAGUGGACGAACGACACGCUGCCGAGCUAUAUUCCUACUCGUUCUAACGCGGAACUGGUUUGGGUACCUGUAUCCGAGUCUGGAGUUUUGGUGGCUAUUGGUGGAGUGGUUGAACCCAUUCAGUUUUUCCGGAAUGACAAAGAAAACUCAUCACGGACUGCAGAGAGCGAAAGGAUUAGCCCGACGUUCAUGGAGACGGUCUCCGUCUUCGAUGUCGAGAGUAAAACCUGGUAUCUCCAGAACACGACGGGUGAUAUACCGCCGCAGUUGACGGAGUUCUGCUCUGUGCUUGCGAGUGCGGCUGAUGGGUCAUCUCAUAAUAUCUACAUCUAUGGAGGGUACGAUGGCCUUGACUAUAACGCGAAUCCGUCGGACGACGUAUAUAUAUUGUCUCUGCCUUCCUUCAGAUGGGUCAAGGCAUACACUGGUACGAACACACACAGCCGCAGCGGUCAUGAAUGUAUCAAAGUAUAUCCUGAUCAAAUGUUGGCCGUCGGAGGACAGCAUGUCGACUCAACCCAUUGCCUGGAGGGUGGUGUCAUAGUCAAUUUCAACCUCAACACCUUGAGGUUCGAGGAUGAUUAUGAUCCCACAAAAUGGAGUAAGUACAAAGUGCCAGAGCUUGUGACGAAAUGGAUAGGCGGCAACUCCGAUGGAGGUGCAACCACUACCACCCCAUCGUCAUGGACCAACAGCUCUCUAGAGGGCAUAUUUGGCAAGAAGUAUGGCAAGAAGGUCGAGACAUAUUGGCCGUACAAUAGCAGCAACAGCAGCAGUGCCACCGCACAAGAUCACAGCGGGGGCAGCGGAUUCCCCAACUGGGCUGGAGGAGUAAUCGGCGCGGUCUUAGGUCUGCUCGUGAUUGCGAUCAUUGCCGGUCUCUUCUUUUAUCGCCGACGUCACCGUCAACGCGAGUCUGCUGAAGCUGAAGUCGAAGCUGCAGAGGCUGAGCCUAAGAACCGUCCUGCAGAAUGGAUCCUCCCUGGGCCCGGGCCAGUAUCUUCAUCGACCGGCAUGGAGACGGCGGAGACGGUACGGACGACGCAGACCUCGGCAACGCAGCCGUCGACAACGCAGCCAUCGAUAACGCAGGCUUCCACUGUGCCAGAUUCCCUCGUCUCGCCCGCGACCCCUGGCACGGUGGAAUCUGGGGGAGAUGCGCUGUAUGAGAUGCAUGAUUCAUCACCUGUUGAACUUCCCACGCCAUUCAACACCGCCUACUUCGCUCACGGCGGGCCUCCCAAACCCGAACCCGAAGGUGGGCUCAAACCCGAUCCGAGACGAGGCUCCCAGUCUCCUGUCUCGCCCCAGGCUCCUAGUGAGACGGAUUCGGAGUUCUCCUAUUCAACAGGCCACAACAGGCGCCCAUCGUCACUGUCAUUGGCAUCGCCAAUGUCGAUUGAUAACGUGGUGAGCGGUCGGUCGUCGCAUUUUUAUGAAUCUUUUGAUAGUUUGGAUGUCCGGCGAGCAGGUCAUCGGUCUGAGGUCUCCCAGAUGACUGAUCAUGCGGAAGAGAAGGGGCGGAAGGGAGGUAGUGAGACGAUUCGGGAGGACGAAUAG